CUCUAUAACAUGGAAUUAUUCUUCCACAGGUCCCUUAUCAAACAUCUAACAAUGUCUUCCCAGUCAGAUAUCCUUUCACCGGAUGAUCAACAGUAUCUUUUCAGCGAGAUAGACAUGGUUCAUGUGGCUGACAUAGACCUGUUCCCUGAAGAGCCAACUUUGGAUGUAGCAGAUGAUUUCCUUACUGAUGUCAAGAUUAACCAUCCACAACCAUUACCACCUGCAGCUGUGGUUCUUCCAAAUGAAGAAGAGUGUGGGCCAUAUGGUUUUGAAGUUGAUAUUAUUCCAAAUAAAGGCUCGAAGAAUGCUUGGGUCUAUUCUGCUGCACUCAAUAAAGUUUACAUGACCAUGCGUAGCCCUUUUCCAGUGGAUUUCAAAGUAAAGACCAGACCUCCAUUUGAUUUGUUCAUAAGGAGUACCCCAGUAUACAGUUCACCUCAAUUUGCUCAAGACUGUGUUUAUCGAUGUCUGAAUCAUGAAUUUUCAGUAGAGAAGGAUCGUGAUCGUGAUCUCAUGGACCACAUUCGUCCACAUAUCAUAAGAUGUGCCAACAAAGCUACCAUGUACUUGGGAGACAAAUCAAAAAAUGAACGCCUAAGCGUUGUGAUACCUUUUCCUGUACCACAAAAUCCUUCAGUCAUAGUAAGGGAAUUGUAUGAGUUUGUGUGCACAAACUCCUGCCCUGUUCCUGGAAUAAACCGACGAACAAUAGAAGUUAUCUUCACUUUGGAAGAUUACACUGGAAAAAUUUAUGGUCGGAAAUCUUUGAACGUCCGAGUUUGUUCCUGUCCCAAGAGAGACAAGGAGAAAGAUGAAAAAGACAAUUUAGAGAAUGGCCAACCACCGCAAGGGAAAAAAAGAAAGUUAGAGAAACCUCCGAAGAGAGCAGUGGCAUCCACUGACGAUUUCAAGGAGUUCAGUAUUACUAUACCGUUAGUGGGGAAACACAACGAACAACACGUUCUCAAAUAUUGCCAUGACCUGAUGGCUGGUGAAAUUCUGAAGCAUACUAGUUCUGGAACAGAAGGUCCAUACAGGAUUGUUCGUAAUAAAAUAAACGCAAUGAUGAAGGACCGUACUGAUUGAAACUUCGACUUUAUGUAAGUGAAUAAUGUGAGAAAAAUCUUCCUAUUCUACAGCUUUAUGAGAACCAUGUAAUUGGGUGAUUUUUCGGUUCAUACACUAAUAUGAAUCUCUCUCAUGGGAAAACAUACUUAGACAUUUCCAUUUAUUACGAUAACGUACCUAUACAAUUAUUAUUAUUAUUUACGAUAUUGGGUACCUACUGAAGUUUGAUUCCUAAGCCAAACGUGUUCCGAAAAUAUGGAAACAGUUUAGACAAUAAGUCAUUGACAUAAUAGUCCAAUCAUAUUGGAAUUUCACUUGGAAAAUGUCCCCAGAAAACAAGAAUUGGCAUAUGCAUAUUUCUAAUGCUCAAUAACGAAAUACGAAAAAAAAAACACUAGAACAUGCUGUGCUACACCAGAUUUUCAGUUUUUGAGCAAUCAUUA